AUGGGUUUCCUCACGUCGUAUUUCGCCCCGGGCCGCGCCAGUGACGGGGGCGACAAGGGGCACGACAAGACGACGCCCGAAGUUGUCAGCGACAUGAGCCUGAAUAAUCUCAGUCCCAAAGCUCCCGCACGGCCUCCUCCUCUUCUUUCUACACCCGACUCGGGCGCAGCAACACCAUUGAGCUUCUCAGCCGGGUCACGGCCGUCCUCGCUAUACCCCAACUCACUCUACCCCUCGGGCGAUUUUCGAAAUGCACGCCAAAGCUUGCUGGACGUCAAGGCCGAUGUCAUGGCCAACUGGCUUUACCAACAGCAGCUGGAAAGGCAGUAUGCCACCGGCAUAUUGCCCGGCGAGGGCGUGGUUGUGAAGAAGGGGAAAAACAGUUACACGUGUUGCCCGCCGCAGCUUCGAGAUGUGCCCUACAGCCUGUAUGAGAUGGCAAUGGAGCUAAACGUUCGGUGCGCCCUGACCGUCAACACGAGAGUAAUCAACGUUGUCCUCGCGUCGAGACGAACGACGCGCGACUACAUCCCCCUCGCGAAUGGUCUACGCUUGCAGGUCUUGCCGAGCAUGCGCGAACUGCCCACAUGUCAGAAGCACCACUUCGCCGCAUUCAUCCAGGACCUUCAGAUCAUGGUUGUCUGGGACGAUGAACCAAAGGCCGCCCUGGCGAGGGCCGACAUUAUAGAACAGAUGCUGAUGAAGACCAUCUGGGGGACCGGAGACGGUGACGAGGACGAUGAGGAGCAGGCCGAAAAGGGUGAGAAGAGCCAGGGCGUCGAGGUCGGCGUCUCACCCGUCGACCUGGAAGCCGCACUCCAAGCCGAAGAGAGAAGGGUGAAGCUGACUAGUCCCAUCACGGUGAGCCUCACUUUCGCGCUUGCCAUCUCGUGCUUGGGUCUGGGAUUCAGGGCGCUCGCCUACGAAGUCGCCACCGACCAACAGUACGCCCGCAUAGCACUGGCAGCAUUCAGUCCAAUCCAACUGUGGGUGGGCUUCUUCUUCUUCCAGACCAUCAUCUGCAAUCUGUUCGAAAUUUUGGGCCCCAUCUCCUGUGUCCGCAAGAACAGCAAGAACUACUCCGGGAAGGCUCCGAGGCGACUGCAGCGCGAGUACCACACGCUGCCCCAUGUGACCAUCCAGAUGCCUGUUUACAAGGAAGGUCUGAGAGCAGUCAUCAUCCCGACUGUCCAGUCGCUCAAGCAGUGUAUCUCGACCUACGAGAUGCAGGGCGGUUCGGCCAACAUCUUCGUCAACGAUGACGGUAUGCAACUGAUAUCCGAAGAGGAGGCCGAGACCCGUCGCGAAUACUACGACGAAAACAACAUCGGCUGGGUUUCUCGACCCGGACACAACCCGAAACCCGAGAAUGGGGAAGCCCCCUUUCUACGACGCGGCAAGUUCAAGAAGGCGUCCAACAUGAAUUAUGCCCUGAUGGUCAGCAAUCGGGUCGAGGAUAAGCUUGCCAAUGUCUCGAGGACACUCAACUGGACGCAGGCAGACGAGAAGGCUGCCUACCAGCAUUGUCUCGCCGAGGUCAUAGAAGAAGACGAGGGUCGCACCAAGGCCGAUGGCAACAUCCGCAUCGGUGAUUACAUCUUGCUCAUCGACUCGGACACCCGUGUGCCGGAAGAUUGCCUUUUGGAUGCCGUUAGUGAGAUGGAGCAGUCUCCUCAGGUGGCCAUCUUGCAAUACACGUCGGGCGUCAUGCAAGUCAGCGAGUCUUUCUUCGAAGCUGGCGUCACGUGGUUCACCAACCUCAUCUAUACCGCCAUCACCUUUGCCGUCUCCAUUGGUGACUCUUGCCCCUUUGUCGGCCACAACGCCAUCCUACGCUGGUCCGCUGUCCAGGAUGCCGCCUCCUAUCACGACGAGGAUGGGUAUGAGAAGUUUUGGUCCGAAUCUCACGUCUCGGAAGACUUCGACAUGUCCUUGCGACUCCAGUGUGCCGGGUACGAUCUUCGAUUCGCCUCAUACUCGGGUGCAGGGUUCAAGGAGGGUGUGUCGCUGACGGUCUAUGACGAGUUGGCGCGUUGGGAGAAAUACGCAUACGGUUGCAAUGAGCUGAUGUUCCAUCCCCUCCGGUAUUGGUUUACCCGAGGGCCCAUCACGCCUCUCUUUCGGAAAUUCCUCGGCUCGAGCAUCGACCUGCCCAAGAAGGUGACCAUCUGCAGCUACAUCGGCACGUACUAUGCCAUCGGUGCCUCCUGGAUUCUUACUCUCAUGAACUAUUUCCUGACGGGCUGGUACUACGGUCUGUACGACAAGUACUACCUCGACUCGUUCGCCAUCUUCAUCUCGGUCGUCGUCGUCUUUACGGGGUACGGCAACGUCGCCCUCACUAUCCUGCGCUAUCGUCUCAACGAACGAUCUCUCUUCUCUGCUUUCUGGGAGAACAUCAAGUGGAUCCCGCUCAUGUUCAUAUUCCUCGGUGGCAUCUCGCUCCACGUGUCCCAGGCACUCCUCUGCCACUUCUUCAGCAUUGAUAUGACAUGGGGCGCCACGGCCAAGGAGGUUGAAAACGUCAACUUCUUGGAGGAGCUCCCACGUCUCCUGCGCCGGUUCAAGGGCACCUUUGCCUUUACGGUGCUGAUGACCGGCCUCAUGGUCAGUGCUGUUUACGCGUUCCCGCACGACUGGACCAUCACGUACUUUGCCUCCAUCUUCCCGCUUGGCAUUAUCACGGCUUGCCACUUCUUGCUGCCGGUCGCGCUGAACCCGGCCCUGAUGGUGUUUGCCUGGUAA